CCUGCGUCUUUAACAUUGCAGUGAUGAUGUCAGCUGAUCCUUCGGGUUUUCUGCUCCGUAUCCGUGUGAAAACAGUGAAUGUGUAAAUCAUCUGUUUACAUGACACAUCUCUGAUCUUCGAGUCACGGAUGUAAAUACAGAUGGAUGGAAAUUAGUCGAUGUCGCGUUGAGUGGGCUGUUUAACGCGCAUCUCGCCGCGUGCUCCGGUUUAUUUUAACGUUGUGUCUGACGAAUGAAAGCCCAUGCGGAUGUAUAUCAGUCGACACUGAUUAUUUUGAGAUCUUUUGGGAGGUGAUCUGUAACACUACAGUGAUGUUGUGAAGGGGAACUGAUUCAUCCAGAAAGCGUCAGCUCUUCAUACGCGCAUUUCCUGUUUUAUAUGGUAAAUCAUGUACACUCCGGCAGCCGAUACGGGAGUGACAGUGGUUGAGAAGGAUGCAGCUCUGAACAGUGCAUACUCACCUGUGGACUACAUGAGCAUCACUAGCUUCCCAAGACUACCAGAAGAUGAUGUUUCAGCCGACAACACCCUCAAAUCACGCAAAGACGAUGAUAACUUCCUCAGUGAGCAGGACACGGAGCCUGAUCUGUUUCUGAAUUCAGCCCGACUGCAGCGGCUGCCCUCUUCUGCCUCUGACUUGGCCAGGCAUGACAUCUCUCCACUGAGAGAGACCACCAGAGACCCGCUGGCACAGGAUUGCGCAUGCACACGUGAUGGCCUGACCGUCAUCAUCACUGCCUGCCUGACCUUUGCCACCGGGGUCACCGUGGCCCUCAUAAUGCAGAUCUACUUCGGAGACCCACAGGUGUAUAAUCAAGCUGCAGUGGUGACAGAUGUGGCCCGCUGCACGUCUCUUGGCUUUGAUGUUCUGGGCAAACAAGGAUCCAGCGUUGAUGCUGCCAUAGCCGCUUCCCUCUGCCUGGGCAUCAUCCAUCCCCACACCUCAGGCAUCGGCGGUGGUGGCGUGAUGCUUGUCCAUGACAUCCGAAACAAUGAGAGCCGGAUCAUUGACUUCCGUGAGAUGGCACCCUCUGGUAUUCACGAGGACAUGAUGUUAAAUCUUAAUCAAAGGUCAGGUCUGUCAGUGGCUGUUCCAGGCAUGCUUAGCGGACUACAUCAAGCUCAUCAGCUGUAUGGAAGAAUGUCGUGGAAUGAUGUCAUCACUAUGGCUGCAGACGUGGCAAGGAAUGGAUUCAACAUUACGCAUGAGCUGGCUGAUGCGUUGUCUAAAGUGAAGGAGCAGAAUGUGUCGGAUACAUUCAGAGAUCUGUUCCUGCCUAACGGUCAGGUUCCACUCGCUGGACUUUUCGCUAAACGGCUGGAUUUAGCUGCCAUUUUGGACAAGAUUGCAGCCAAUGGAAUAUCAGAGUUCUACAGUGGGAAUCUGACUCAGGAAAUGACAUCAGUGGUUCAAGCUAAAGGAGGUGUACUGACAGAGGAUGAUUUCAAAAACUACUCUACUAUCAUACAGAAGCCACUGCAAACUCUUUACCAGGGCCACCAGGUGUUUGUUCCUCCUCCACCCCACGCGGGAGCCGCCCUCCUCUCCGCUCUCAACAUCCUGGACGGAUUUAACAUCACAAGCCAGGUGUCCAGGAGUCAAAUUUACCACUGGAUAGCUGAGUCAAUGAAGAUUGCAUUGUCUCAAGCCAGUGGACUGGGAGACCCCAUGUUUGAUUCCUCCGUUUCUGAGUUGGUGGCGCAGAUGCUUAGUAAAACCCAGGCUGCUGUUUUCCGCCAAAUGAUCAGCGAUUCUCUUGCAUCGCCUGCCGAACACUACAUCCCAUCAUACGAGGUGCAGGAGGGCGCCGUUGCCAGCCAGCUCAUGAUCAUGGGCACUGAUGACUUGAUAGUGUCUGUUAUGAGCUCACUAAACCGGCCAUUUGGAAGUCGUAUUGUGACACCCUCUGGGAUUCUCCUUAACAGUCAGAUUCUGGACUUCUCUUGGCCCAAUAAAACCCACGGCUCGGCAGCAUUCAAUCAGCGUAACAGCGUUGAGCCGGGCAAGAGGCCGGCCUCCUUCCUGACGCCCGUGGCCGUGAGGCCGUCCAUAGGGCUGUGCGGCACCUACAUAGCCCUGGGCUCCUCUAACGGCGACCGCGCCCUGAGUGGCAUUGCUCAGGUUUUGAUUAAUGUUUUGUCAUCACGCAAAAACAUGAGUGACAGUGUGUCGUACGGGAGACUCCAUCCUCUCAUCCAGAACAACACUCUCCUGCUGGACUCUAAGUUUCUGGAGGCCGAUGUGAUGUCUCUGAUAGAGAAGGGCCAUGAUGUGCAGAAGGUGGACAUCAUCUCGCUGGUGGAAGGGACCCGCAGGACCAACGACCUGAUCAUCGGCGUGAAGGACCCGCGCAGCACCGACGCUUCUGCGCUGUCCAUGUCCAUGCCCUAGAUUCACACACAUUCACAUGCUCUGGAGUUUGUAGAUGGUCGCAGGACUGUACUGUCAUACUGUUUGUGCACUAAAUGGGCUGGUUAUGAAGUUGUAAAGUCCUAAGGACAGAGUAAAGUGGGUAAACACUCCUGUUGAUAAGGAAAAUAGAUGGAAAUGAGCCACAAACACAGAGAAGAACAGCUUGCAUGCGCACAUGAUAAUGAUGACAGCUUGUGAAAGGCAGUAAGACUGCAGUGUUUUUCAUUAUUUACCUAAAGAUUUCAAGAGCUACACUUAAUGACACUGGUAUGUUAUCACACAUGACUGGAUAAGUCCGCUUGUGACAUAGUUUGAGCAUGUAAACUGCUCCGACACGUACAGUACCCGUCAAAACAUUUGGACAUAACUACUAAUUACUUAUUGAGGCAUGAGAGUUAUGCAGUGAUGAGAAAAUAGAGCUGCACGAUUCUGGCUAAAUUGAUUUUUUUUCUUUAAAAAGAUCACGAUUCUCCCAUGAUUCUGAAUAAACAAGUAAAAUAACAUGUAAUUUACUAGAGGUUCUGACAAAAUGUUUAUUGCUGUAGUCUAUUUAAAAAUAUUUAAUUAAUUUGAAUACUUUUUUGAAUCGGUUGAAUGAAUGAUUCAUUAGGUGUGUUAAAUUCGAAGUGGCGCUGCACGGAUCGAUCAGUGUAUGAUAUCAAAGUACCGCGAGAGCCAUUAGAGAGUAGAUGGCUCGGUAUGCUUUCGAAUCUCUCUCGUGGUACUUUGAUAAUAUAUACCGAUCGAUCUGCGCAGCGCCGCUUCAAGUCGAACACACCUAAUGGCUCGCUCAAAAAGACUUCACUUGUUUCAUUACUGAAUGAAUUAGUGUUUUUGAAGAAUCUCUUGAGUGAAUGAUUCAAUUACAAAUACAUUUUAACAGUCUCUUGUCGCCACCUACUGGUGUAAAGAUGUAUCUGAUACAAUAUUUAUUUGAAGCAUCACGUUACUUUCAAAAGAUGAUUUGCUCUAUUUUGAUUGCUACCGUAGACAUCAGUGUUUAUAUCAGAACUAUAAACUUUAAUCCCAGUACUUCUGUGAUAAUUUGAAUUAUUGUAACAGAAAUAAUGAUAGGGUGUGGUUAGAAAGACAGUUUGUGAAGCUGUUUCAUACCUUUACAUGACAACUGCUCUCUCUGGAUCAGCAGAAGCACUAAUGCAGAUUUGAAAGUUUGCUGUGAUCAAAUAGAUGCAGGCGAAUCACUGUCAUUUAGGAAUAAAAUUGCAUUGGUGUUUGAAUUAAGAUCGCAAUCUUUUAAUGAUUAAUCGUGCAGCUCUACCUGAAAAUGUUGAACAACUCUAAAUAUUUAAGCAUAUUCCUUAAGCCAGAGUUCAGCAUAGCUCACUUCUCUCAAAAAAACUUCAUGACGUUAAUCUUUGGAUGCUUACAAAACGAUAAAUAAACAGUUUUGAAGAUGUUCCAGGUAUGCUGGACUCAAGUUGUCUGCUUUCCCUUCACACUCAGCUGAAAUCAUAAGCAUAUUUAUUAAAGUGUGUCCAAACUUUUAACUUGUACUGUAUAUUUCAGUAUGUAUUUUUAUUAGUUACUAGUUUCUUGAGGAUUGUGUAGGAAUAUGCCUUAUGCGAAUGACUCCAGGGGUAGAAAAAGGAAAAUGGAAGGAUUUUUUCAUAUCUUGCAUGGUCUCCUGAUCUGAAGUCUUCAUGAAGGAGUAGCUUCACAAAUAUGUGUAGUUGUUAGGCCUACAUGAAGAUUGAAUGAAAGUGAAGUUGACAUUCUUGCGUUGACAGAGAUUCUAAAUGCUACUGUUUACAAAUUAAUUGUGUUGUAUAUUAUUUAUUGAUUAUAUUAGAGGGUUUGGUGGUAACAAAAUGGUAAAUAUGUAGUCUUGUUUUAUUAGCCAAAAACUUCCUGGAAUAAUUUGGGAAAUUGCCUAAAAUGAAUCAGGCUAAGAGAAGGUCACUUGUAAAAUAUGAGGCAAAUAAGAUGGGUUUUCCUACAGGUAUAGUCAUAAGCUUUCAUAUGCAGUUUGAUAUAUGCUAUAAUUGUUACUUGGUUCAACAGUUUUUAUUUUAAAUUGUGGAUGUCAGUUUGCUGAUGCAAUUUUAAUGAAUUUUCUCUUUUAUGUGGAAACAGUGAAAUUAAUGUCUUGAAUGUUUGCUACGCACAUAAUUUUCUUCUGAGAGUAAGAGACAAUCAGUUGACUAUUUAUGACAGCGAUUUUAGCGAUUUUUUGUUGCCACAACUGAUCAUAAUUGCACUGUAACAGCAUUACUGUUGUGUUUUGUAGCUUUACAAUAAGAGUGACCAGGAUGAAGAAUAAAUAUUUAUAUGUAGUGUA